AUGGCCCAGUGCACGCGCUCUGCAGCACGGAUCUGCUCAGAAGUCCUGCAGGGUGCGGGCUCGCCCCCAGGUGAGUUGCACCUGGCAGGUGGGAGACGUGCUUCCUGGGCGUUGCAGACCGCGCUGCAGCCUGGAGGCUCGAAUGGUCUCAUCGGACACACAGAGCUGGGGGCUCGCCUUGCUCCGGAUAUGGGCGUGGGAGGGUCGGGGCGGUGUCACGGUCUCCCGGGACCCCCCCCCCCCAAAGCAAGGCAGGCGACACCUGUGAGUCCCAGGCAGGAGCCGUCCGGCGCAGAGACCCGCUCCCCCCACCACCGCCCUUCACACACUGCCUGCAAUCCCCCACCCCCACCUUUGCGCCGGCAUAUGCGCGCGCCCGCCACACCCCCCGUCCCCCCCACCGCCCAGCAGCCCGCGCCGCCCGCUACCCCAGCCCGCUCCCGCGCUGUUCCCCCGCCCGCCGCUCUCCAGGGCGGAGUUUCCUCCUCUGCUCAUUGUUCGCGGCCCAGCGCCCGCCCAGCUCUGCCCUGCCCGGCCCCGCGGCCGCCAGCGGGAGGGGGCGGGGGCCGGCGCGGACAGGACGGGAGUCUCCGCAGCCGCCCGCCUAGCCGCAGCAGCGCAGACACCGCCCGCGACGCAACCGCCCGCGACUCCGGUACCGCCUGGCUCCGAGCCCCAGCCAGCUCUGCGGCAGCGGCCGCGAGAAGGGGCCACCAGCGCGCGACUCGGGAGCACCGGGUCACCGCCCGGCCGCCGCAGCCACCGCCAGGCCUCCGCGAGCGGCGCCCACGCUCUCGCCGCCCGGGCUCUCGGAGCCUCAGCCAACCUCUCAGCCACCUGCUCUGGGCCCGGGGCCAGGACAAGAUGCGCUCCGCACUGGCCCUUUCGGCGCUGCUGCUGCUGCUGCCGCCGCUGCCGUCGCUCUCCCAGAGUGAUGUGGACCCCAAGACCAGCGUAAUACCUACAAGCACAAGCAAGCCAGGAUCAAAUGCCAUAUCCAGGAACCCAGUGACGACUUCAGCUCCUCCAGCCCAGCAAAACCCAUCUACACUUGCACCAUCCAGUGGCUCCAGCGUCACCACUCCCGCUCCAGGCGUCCAGAAGGAUGUUCAAGGUUCAAACCAGAACACUCCAUCCACAUCAGCAAUUGUCCCAACUGUCUUGAUGAAGCCAGGAACCACGACCAGCCCAGAAGGAAAUAACACAGAUCCCUCUGGAACCCAAAGUAACCCCAGUGUCACUACAAACAUCAUGACCACUAAGGGAGGAAGUCAGACGAGCCCUCAAACGCCACCUGCGAUUACCACUGUCCACAUGUCUCCUGCUGUCUCUUCCCAGAAUACCAUAGCAGGCACUCAGCAGGUGCCUUUGAGUCCCAGUGCUCCGAACACCCCAGGGAGCCCACCCAAGGGGCCCAGCAGCGUGACUGCAUCUUCACGUAGUCCUGGCAUGAUGACAGGUCACACCACAUCUCAGCAGACAACUGAUACACUGACUACAACACCAAUGGUUGCCACAGGCGGAAAAGAACAUACCUGCAACGAGAUCCCAGCUGUCAGUGGGAACUCUUCCUCCAUCCCUGGGGCCUCUCCUUCCGUCACUGGGGCCUCUCCCUCCGUCACUGGGGCCUCUCCCUUGGUCCCUGGGACCUCUCGGUCUGACACUCCGCCGCCUGCAGUUUCUUCAUCAGGAUCCACGGCUGUGCCUCCUGUCAGGACCACAAGCUCCAGCACUCAGUUGGCUACAACUCCCUUCCAAGGCUCCAACAUCUCUUUCCCCACCUCAGCUCUUGAGAAGGACAGGAUUAAGUGCGAACCUCCCGAAAGGCUGAAUGAGAUGAUGCUCAUCCUGAACGUCACGAAAACCAACCUCUGUGCAGAGAGCCCUCCGGAUGACAAGCUGGUCACACUUCUGUGCCGAGCAGCAAAAGCCAACUUCAACCCAAGUCGAGAUCUGUGCCAUAUACAGUUGGUACCCGAUCUAGACACCCAGAAAGUGGCAAUCAAAGAGAUCACCAUCCAGACCAAGCUCCUUCCCAAGGACUUGUAUGAAUCGCUGAGAGACAAAUGGGACGACCUCAGGGAGCUGGGAGUCAGUAACAUGCAGCUGGGGAAUCAGGGGCCACCGGAAGAGACCGAGGACCGGUUCAGCAUGCCCCUCAUCAUCACCAUCGUCUGCAUGGCGUCCUUCCUGCUCCUCGUGGCAGCCCUCUAUGGCUGCUGCCACCAGCGCCUCUCUCAUAGGAAGGACCAGCAACGACUCACAGAGGAGCUGCAGACAGUAGAGAAUGGGUACCAUGACAAUCCAACACUGGAAGUGAUGGAGACCUCCGCAGAGAUGCAGGAGAAAAAGGUGGUCAACCUCAAUGGGGAGCUGGGGGACAGCUGGAUCGUCCCUCUGGACAACCUGAUGAAAGAUGACCUGGAUGAGGAGGAAGACACCCACCUCUAAUCAGGUCUGCUGGCCGCCGCCGACAACGCCACAGAGCUCCAGACCGAAACACCUCAAGUGCCAAUCGGACCAGGGAGGAAAGUCCUCCACAUUUGAGGAAAAGACUGGGGCGGGGGAUGAGCAGACUCAGAAGGGACCUGCCUCCCGAGCCCCACAGGGCCUUAAUUUUUCCCUUUUCAAGCUGAACAAAUCACACUCUGUCUAGAUUCCUCUUGUAAAAUAACCCACUAGUGCCUGAGCUCAGUGCUGCUGAGGGGGAGAGGAAGAGAAAUAAAAGAGCGAGCCAUCUAAGGGACUUUAGAGAUCAUCUAGUAGAAUCCCUUCAUUUCACAGAUGAGAUGACUGGGGCCUCAGGAGAGUAAGGUCAAGAUUGCACAGCUACUCGGUGACAGAGUCAGAGUGAACACAGAUUCCUUCUUCUGUCCAGUGCUCGUUCCCACCUUGCCACACUGCCCUGGUCACUUGCGCCCUCCCUGCAGAGCUGCCUCGGGCAGGGGGAAGCUGCCAGUCAGUGGACGGGAUAGAAGGGGGAGUAGGCCCAGGUCCAGUCUCAGUGAGAUGUGAUUACUUGAAAGUGUAGGGCCCAAGUUCAGUCUCCCACCCCAGCCUCGUCUGCCAGUGUUCCCGUCCCCUGUGCUCUUCCCCCUCCCUCCACUCAAGUUUUGUUCCCACUCUGUCUCAGGGCCCUGGAACUAACACAAGUCAUUCAUGACCUUGAAUCCCUUGUUCUGACUUCUGGUUUCUUAGCAUUUGCUUAGUGAGAUUAGGACGUAAUCCACACAAGGCCCCCAGUGGGAACGAGGUCGGUUUAGGGGUCAAUCUGCAAUGAACAGCGCAAGCCCUUCUUCCCAGGAUGGGUCUUGGCCCAUCACCCAAGGUGCUCCGGCAAGAGGCCCCCCCAAACAUUGCCUUGGCCCCCCUAUUUCCACCAGGGACUAAAAUCCACAGCAGCUACUGAAGGCAAACUGCUCCCGUUUUGUCAUGCACUACUCAUCCAAUGGGGGUGAGGCCCAAGCUAGGGAACCCCAUCCCUCCGAGAGUCAGCGUGCAUGAGCAGCCUCAGGACACACUUUCCCGGGGUGCCUGGAGGCGGGGAUGUGUCCCAAGAGAAUUGGUUGAAAGAGCUAGAAAGGAUGGGCUUUACUCUCUCUCUUAGGAAACUCAGGGACUUUUCAAGUUGCUGAGAGUUGUUAUUUUGAUGUAGUUGUUUGUUUGCUUGUCUUUUCAUCCAGCCCUCUCCUGCCAAAGGCCAAAGCUCAAACACUGGGGAUACUUUCAGUUAGGUAAUCUCACUGAAGAAAGGCCUGCAACGGGUGGUGUGUGUUUUAAGGUGCACACAGGGCAGCCUGGGGGACUGGCUGUCUGCCAUCUGCCUGUUCCCAGAGACCUUCCUGUUCUGCCACGGAACCAUGUCCUCUUCUCUGUAGUCCUAGUGGGGGCUGCCUGGUUGUCCUGCAGUUUUUGGUGGCAUCUCAGGGAAACAAAAUAGCACCUAUUUCUCAGUGGAGGGGUGUUGAGGGAGCUCAGCAGUUAGCAGCCAUGUGGAAGGCACGUGAGGACUGGGCAUGGUGAGGUUUCAUCUGAUUUUCUGAGAAGGGAGAAUCCUGGGUAGAAUUUUGGACUUUGCCCAAGGCCUCUUGUUCCUGGGCAUAAAUGCCCUGGAAUCACCGAGGAAGAUGGGCAGAACUGCUUAGGAGAAUGAAAAUGGUCAUUUCUGGGCAAAAAGCCCGAAGUCCAGUACCCACAGGCGGGCCCAGGCUGCAAUAGCUCUGAUGAAAUAGGCUCUCUGCUUU